UGGUAUACAGUUAACACUGUUGAACUGGAGUCUGUUUUUACAAACAUGGUCACUUUCAACCUGUUUUUGAUGCUGUUGGUGAGUGAUUCAGAAGCUGUCGUGCUUUUGAGAGCUCAGGAGAGGUUUGAGGAGUGCACUUUGGUAUCUAAAAGGUUUCCAUGCAUGGUUUUUGAGGUUGGAAACCAGUCAAGCUAAAGAGGAUGUUUGGCCCCUCACCUGGUGGCACCUCCCUUGGCAGGGACUUUGGAUCAACACGGGGAGACUCAAAACCUGAAUUCACCUUUUCUUCUUCUCUUGUACAGUGUGUUGUUACCAGAAUCCAAACUUUAUGUUAAAAAAAGAAGAAAAAAAGAGAAAAAACAGACCCCAGGUUCAACAGGUUCUCAAUUUACCUACUGGAAUCUUUCAUCUUAGUGUCUUCUUUGUACAUUCCUCAUUUUCACUCUUGUAACCUGCCAGAUAUUUAAUUAUUUUUUUUUUUAUUAGUUAUUUCAACUUGGGGGUUGUUGUUUUUUUGGUUUGUUUUUUUGGUUUUCCUUGUUGUUUUCUUUUUUUUUUUUUUACUUUUAUAUUUCAUUGUUGUUGUUGUCGUUGUCAUUGUUCAGACUUGGCAUUUCCUUUCCAGUACUUGAUCCUCCAUUUGCACGGGCUGUUUUUGUUUUCUCUCUUUGUGUCACUCCACGGUUGUGCGGAGCCCGGGGAGCGGGACGCGCAAAAGGCUCCGCGCUACUGUCAGAGAACCGCAGUUUUUUUGGGGAGGGGGGUGGAGAAUUAGGCGAGUUUUGAUUUAGGAAAGGUUUUUAGGCACGUGGUUAAGGGUUUCGGGGAGGGCAGAGGAGCAGCAGGUAGAGGGGAGUAGCAGGGAGUGAAGGUAGAUUCAUUUUUAUUUCGUGUUAACGUUGCCUUUUGGAAAUGAAACGCCUCCCACGGGGGAGGCAGGACUGGGGGCAACCAGGGGGGUUAUUGCAUGUGGUAGAAAGGUAGAGAGGAGAAAGCGUUUUGAAGCUGAGGAGGAGUAAGGAGGGAGGAAGCAGAGGUUGUACAUACUCGUAGCGGCGACACUGCCGUGUUCUAGAGGUCCAAAGAGAUGUGUGGGAGAUGCCAGCUCGGUCACUGCGCCGCAAAGCGGUGAGGCCUUCGAGCAGGUUGUUCCUGUGGUGGGACUGGUGGUGAUGGGAUGAGGAGGAACGGUCCCACCACACCCUGUCACGUUGUGUGGCCAGUAACGGUGGAAAGAGGGGAGGAAAAAAAAAACAAACAAAACAAGAGAGUGUACAUAAACUCAAACGUGUGGUUCUCUGUAAAUGUCUUGUACAGUUCCGAGUGCCAAAUAAAAGGAAAUUCCUGACAUCCUGGUCCGUGUCGCUGCCUGGGAGGGACACGCUGGUGCCACGGGUGCUGUCACAGGGUCCAGCUGAACUGUGGCUUGGUCUCUCCAGCGUGCCCCAGCUCCUGCCUCCUCCUCCUCCUCUGCUUCCUCCUCUUCUUUCUGCUUCCUCCUCCUCCUCCUCCUCCUCUAGGGAGAGGCACGUUGGAGGGAGGAGGCCCCAUCCCCGCCUCCCCGCCGGCGCCACGACGUGCCGGGGCAGAGCAUCGGUAGGAGCCGGGGAGCGCCAUGGCCGAGCGGCUGUCGGAGGAGAAGAUCGCCGAAUUCAAGGAGGCUUUUUCCCUUUUUGACCGGGAUGGAGAUGGUUGCAUCACCACCAAGGAGUUGGGCACCGUCAUGCGCUCCUUGGGCCAAAACCCCACCGAAGCGGAGCUGCAGGACAUGGUGGGGGAGGUGGACGCCGACGGCAGCGGCACCAUCGAUUUCCCCGAGUUCCUCUCGCUGAUGGCGAGGAAGAUGAGGGACACGGACAGCGAGGAGGAGAUCCGGGAGGCUUUCCGUGUCUUCGAUAAGGAUGGCAACGGUUACAUCAGCGCGGCGGAGCUGAGGCACGUCAUGACCAACCUGGGCGAGAAGCUGACGGACGAGGAGGUGGACGAGAUGAUCAAGGAGGCCGACUGCAACAACGACGGGCAGGUCAACUACGAGGAGUUCGUGAGGAUGAUGACGGAGAAGUGAGACCCCCUCCCAGCACACUACCCACCUCCAACCCCCCAUCUCUCAGGGAACUGAGAUUGUGGUUGUCCCCCAGCCCCUCCAUCCCCUACCACCUUCUCUCCACCACCCCCAGCUGGAAAAAAAAGUCCUCUUUUAUCCCAUCUGGAGCAUCAUGAGCCAGUGUCUGCGUUGGAUGCGGGCGUCCCACCUGGCAGGAUGGGGCUUGGGUUGCAGAUGGACACGGUGGGGGGUGGGGGACGGGGGGUGUCAUUCCCUGUUGCCCUCCACGAGAUGCACCUCUUGAGUCCACAGAGGUGCUGGUGGCCACCACACGUCCCCCGGCACUGCACCGAGUCCAAUAAAGAAAUGUCCCCCCCCCAA